AUGUUUAAUGUUUUUUCAGCAGCAUUUCUCGAUAAUAAAAAUAAUAAUCUUAAUAAACCUAUUAACAAUAGUAUAAGCAAUAACAUAUUAGGACGAUCAGUUUCUGGAAAUGCAAAUAAUGAAAAUGAUAAAACAAAAAACUUACCAUUGAAAGAUAGAUUAGCUACAGUACGAAAUGCACAAAAUAUUUUAAAUAAGAAAAAUUUAAAUAAGACAGAUGACAACAAUAAUAAUAAAGAUGACACGAAUAAUGAAGAAAAAAAUGACAAUGACAAUAAUACAAAUUUAGGUACAAAUACAGAAAAUGAUACAAACAAAAUAACGUUAAAUAAUGAUAAAGGGUUAAGUAAAUUUAAAAAUUAUUCUAGUGUAGUAAAUGAAAAGAAAAAUGAAGAACUUGAAAAAAAAUUAAAAAAAAGAAAAAGACGAAAAAAGCAUGUUAUAAUAAUGGAAAGAAUGCGCCAAAAACACAAACAUCAGAAUAGUGAAGAAGAUGAUGAAUAUGAUGAUGAAGACAACAAUAGUACAAAAGAUGAUGGAUAUAAUAGGAAAUCCAAUAAAUCCGAUCAACAGUUUAAUGAUGGUAAAGAAGAAGAAUCUGGAGAUGAAAAUGGUGAUUAUGAGAAUGAAAAAAAUUUUAGUAAAAAUUUUUAUAAUUUAGGACGAAGUACUGUAAAUAACAAUAGCGGUGUUAUUGGAAAAUACAGCUUUAAUCAUAUGAAUUCAACUGGUAAUAAUGCAAUGGGAGCAAAACCAAAAAGAAAGAGAAGGAAAAAAAAAGAAAUGGAAGAAUAUCGAGCUAGAUUGAUGAGAGAAAAAAUGCAACAACAAAAUUCAUUAAGUAGUGCCUUUACAAAAACAAAUAGCUUUAAUAGUACUAAUGAAAAUAAUAAUAAUGAACAAAAUGGACAAGGUGAAAUUAAAGUAAAGAGAAGAAGAGGUCGACCGAAAUUAAGUGAAGUAAUGAAAACUAAUAACGAUAAAUCAAAACAAAAUGACAUAAGGAAAUAUUGUAGUCGAAAUAGUGAAAAUCAAUUUAUGAACAAAGAGAAUAAUAUGAGUGAAAAAAAUAAAGGUGAAGGUAAUGAUGAAAACAAAAAUGUUUUCAAAAUAAUUAAAACGUCUAUACAAGAAAAUGCAACUUUUAUGAAAAGAUCUCCAAUGGAAAUUAUAGAAUUGGAAAGAAGCUAUAAAAAUAAUAUAAAAAAAGGAGUUACAUGUAUUCCUUUAAAUUAUCAAAGCAAAGGAGGUGGAAUGGCAAUUAUUUUGAUAGGGACCGAAACGACAUAUGGACCUGUAAAAAAUUCUUAUGGUUUUAUGACGUUUCUUGUUUUAGAUUGUCAUUUAAACAAAUUUUUUAUUGACACAGGAAUCAAAAAUAAUGUUACUGAAUGUGAAAAACAUAUGCAAUUGUUAAUAAGCCCUGGUGAUAUGUACAUGUUUAAAAAUCAAAGUCAAGAGGUUGAAGCAAGAUUACUACUAAUUGUUUGUAAUAAAAUGAAUUGCCCUUUUGAUGCUAAGGCACAUAUAAAGGAUCCAGGAUUUAAUUCGAAUAAAUAG